AUGGCCUUUCACUCCGUUUUGGAAGAAACAAACUCUUUAACGAUGAAUGAAGCGGAUCGGUUGGAUAUUAACAUCUACGCGUGUCCAGCUAUUGAGCUCAGCAAAGCGGUGUCAGUAUCUUUGGGUUUGGAUUCGGUGUCUUCUCCGCCCAAUAAUAUGAACCAGAGCUCCAGCAGCGCCUUUGCAGAAUGCGAAACCACUGUGGCAGAUAGUUCUCGGGGAGUGUCAGAGUUGAGAAGGACUGGAAAUAUGAACUCAGACGGCAGCGUGCUUGUCCUGGGUAACAGUAGCCUUAGAGAGGACGACUUUGGAGAAGUGUGCCAGGGCAUACAGCAGGUGAGCUGUAUGGAUCUGUUCAGAUCGGGCGAAAUGAACGGUGCGCAAACUGUGACGCGUGGCUCGGUGAUAUCCAGAUAUGUCUGCAGGGAAUCAAAUGCGUUCGUGAACCCGGCGGCAGAGCUGCCCGCGACCUCCCAGGUGACUGAGGUCGUACCCUUAAAACAACCUUCAGGUUACUAUGCCAGUUCAGACAUAUACACGGAUCUCCCAGCUCAAAUGUGGUGCGCAAAUGAGCGCGCAUACAGCGACCGAUCCCUACUACAGCCACAGAGAGGAGAACCGGGCGAGCAUAAUUUUUUGUGUAAAUACUGUAAUUGCGGGCAAGCUUCUCGCGGAAACAGGCAGGAAUGCCGCUGUGUCUGGUACGGUAGAGGUGAGCAGGGUGGCAAAGGUAACAUCCGAGCAGCGAUGGCACAAGGGUAUGGCCAAAUGGAAAGUUACCCAAGCGCGAUUCCUCAGGGGCAAACCACUUUUUCCACUAUCAAGAGCGAACCUUCAGCUUGGGUGAAUUGCACAGAUCGCAGUUUAAGGCAUGAGGAUUUUUUUCCAGGUGUGUAUCUGUCAGAAAGGAGAGUGUGUCAAGUGUGCGGAGAUGAUGCCUCGGGUUGUCACUAUGGAGCAGUCACCUGUGGCAGCUGCAAAGUAUUCUUCAAGAGGGCCGCUGCAGGUAAGCAGAACCACUUGUGUGCCAGCCGGAACGACUGCACCAUUGACAAACUGAGGCGAAAAAACUGCGCCUCGUGUCGCUUGAAGAAAUGCUUCAUGUCAGGAAUGAGCCUUAAAGGUCGCAGGCUGAAGGGAGCCGGACAGACAAGAAAUGGAGAUGAGGAGCAACAGGCAGCAGGCUGGGGACAUGGAGAAAAAGGAGAGAGGGCAGGGAAGAAAGAUGUGGGCUUGGAGUCCGGAAAUGCAGCUGUCAGGACUCAAGCUGCUUCCCAGGUUCUUAGUCCAGGCAUCCCCCCACCUCUGCACUCCUGCCUGUCCCUGCUCAGCAUCCUACAAGCUAUUGAGCCAGCUGUGGUCAAUGCCGGGCAUGAUCCUGCCCAGCCAGACAGCCCCGUGUCCUUGCUCACCAGCCUGAAUGAGCUGGGGGAGCGACAGCUGGUAACCGUGGUGCGCUGGGCCAAGGCAAUACCAGGGUUUCGGGACCUGCACGUGGAUGACCAGAUGUCAGUGAUUCAGUUGUCAUGGAUGGGAGUGAUGGUGUUUGCUUUGGGCUGGAGGUCCUACACACUCACUAACAGCUCAAUGCUCUACUUUGCUCCAGACCUGGUCUUCAAUGACCAGCGGAUGCAAGUGUCCAGUAUGUAUGAACACUGUGUGAGGAUGAAGCUGCUCUCCCAAAGAUUGUGCAUGCUCAAGGUUACACAGGAGGAGUUCCUCUGCAUGAAGGCCCUGGUCCUCCUCAGCAUCAUGCCAGUGGAGGGCCUGAAGAGCCAGCGUUGUUUUGAUGAACUGCGGACCUCCUACAUAAAGGAGCUGGACCGCUUGGCCAGCCACUGCGGGGAGACCACCCGUACGCAGAGACUGUUUCAGCUCACGCAGCUGCUGGACUACCUCCAGUCGGUUGUGAGGAAGCUACACCAGUUCACCUAUGACCUGUUCGUCCAAGCUCAGUCCCUGCAAAUGCGCGUCAACUUCCCAGAGAUGAUCUCAGAGAUUGUGAGCGUCCACGUGCCCAAAAUCCUCUCAGGCAUGGUCAAGCCCAUCCUUUUCCACAACACGGCCUAGAGAGCGCGAGUCUCCGAGACUGUUAUUUCAUUAGCUGCACAGGCCAAAGAGGGUUCUCGAUGAUUUUAUGUUUAUGUCCCGGGAGCGGGCACACGGUGAGGGUAUGAGCAGAUACUAACAGAAGGGCAGACAGCACAUUCUUCUAGUCUAAUGUAGUCUAAUUUUCAUCUGCUCGGUUCUUCUUAUUGCUUGUUUGACUGUAUCCUGCACAUCAA